AACCUCCCAACCCACUCCACCGCGCCACGAACGAACACCAGAGCUCGCACUUGCAGUUGCAUUUGAUCGAUCAGUAAGCAACAAUGGCGUCGUUGCUUCCGGCGUUCACGGUGCGGCGCGGGGAGCCGGUGCUGGUGUCGCCGGCGGAGCCGACGCCGCGGGAGACGAAGCCGCUGUCGGACAUCGACGACGGGGAGGGCAUGCGGUUCUACAGCUCGGGCAUCCACCUGUACCGCGCUAACCCAGCCAAGGCCGGGCAGGACCCGGCGCGGGUCAUCCGGGACGCGCUGGCCAGGGCGCUCGUCCCCUACUACCCGCUCGCGGGGCGGCUCCGCGAGGAGGGAGGGAGGAAGCUCGUGGUCGACUGCGCCGCGCAGGGCGUCAUGUUCGCGGAGGCCGACGCCGACCUCACCGCCGACGACUUCGGGGACGUGCAGAGCCCGCCGUUCCCGUGCUUCGAGCGCUUCAUCCUCGAGAGCACCAGCAUCGCCGGCGUCGAGCCCGUCGUCGACCGGCCCCUGCUCUACAUCCAGGUGACGCGGCUCAGGUGCGGCGGCUUCAUCUUCGGGCAGCGGUUCUGCCACUGCGUCGUGGACGCGCCGGGCGGGAUGCAGUUCGAGAAGGCCGUCUGCGAGCUCGCGUGCGGCGCCGCGGCGCCGUCGGUCGCGCCGGCGUGGGGCAGGGAGUUGUUCAUGGCGCGGCGGCCCCCGCGGCCGUCGUACCCGCACCUCGAGUACCGGGAGCCGGCGGGCGGGCCGGACAGGAUGCUGUCGACGCCCCCCGCCGACAUGGCGCGCGUCCCCUUCUUCUUCGGGACGCGGGAGAUCGCGGGGCUGCGCCAGCGCGCGCCGCCGGGCAUGCGGUGCUCCCGGUUCGAGCUCGUCGCGGCCUGCAUCUGGCGCAGCCGCGCGGCGGCGCUCGGGUACGCGCCCGGCGACGAGGUGCGGCUGUCCUUCAUCGUGAACGCGCGCGGCCGCCCCGAGAUCCCGCUCCCCGAGGGCUUCUACGGGAACGCGUUCGCCUACUCCGUGGCGGCGACCACCGCCGGGGAGCUCUGCGGGAAGGACCUCGGGUACGCGCUGGAGCUGGUGAAGAAGGCCAAGUCGGCGGUGACGUACGACUACCUGCUGUCGGUGGCGGACCUGAUGGUGCUCGAGGGGCGGCCGCUGUUCGCGCUGUCGAGGACGUACAUCGUGUCGGACGUGAGCCACGCCGGGUUCAAGAGCGUCGACUUCGGAUGGGGGGAGGCCGUCUACGGCGGGCCGGCCAAGGGAGGCGAAGGGCCGCUCCCCGGCGUCACCAACUACUUCUCGCGGGCCAAGAACGGAAAGGGGGAGGAGGGCACCGUGGUGCCCAUCUGCCUGCCCAAGGACGCCAUGGAGAAGUUCCAGCUCGAGGUCGAAGGACUCACCGCCGAGCUCUAGCGGUACGGUGUGUCAAUGGCGUAACACAACUAGUAAAACGUCACGUACACGUACACGUACACCAUAAAUGCGUUCAUGAGUCGGGCUCGUCUCGUGGAUGAUAUAGCUGGUGAUAUAUUGCACUGGGCGGUAGAUACUAUGUUAUUCUUAUACUCUACACACACACCUGUACUGGACGUGCGCAAGGAAAUGUGAUCUUGUUUGUGUGAGGUUUAACACGGAACAAUCCCAUAUAUGCAAGUGGAGUAUCUCUGGAUAUUCCGAAUAGUUUUGAGUAAUCCUAAA